AUGAGUUUCCGCGAUUACGCCAACAUCGAAACCCCUGCGUCGUGUUACGUAGACUUUUGCUUGAUUCCGGUUGGCACAGGCAACGUAUCCGUCGCCAAGGAGGUGGCUGAGGUGCAGAGGGUGUUGGCAGCCAGCGGGUUAAAGUCCACAAUGCACUCGGCUGGUACUACUGUUGAAGGAUCCUGGGAUGAGGUAAUGAAAGUCAUCGGCCAAGUCCACGCGGUUGUUCACCAGGGAGGCGUGAAGCGGGUACAAACGUCUAUGCGGGUUGGGACUCGAAUCGACAAGAAACAGACGGCUGAAGACAAGGUGAAGAGAGUGCAAGCAAUCUUGUCUGAGGAUCAAACGGGGGAGUCGUCUGCUUAG